AAUGCUUACUUCUUCUAUUCCGAAUAUCGGAGUCUUGUUACCACGCAGGAGCGGCUUACUCACUCCAUGGGUCUACUGGACCAGCUGUGGGACGACACCGUCGCCGGUCCGCGGCCGGAUAGCGGCCUCGGAAAACUCCGGAAGAACUCAGUCUUCUCCAUCCGAUCUGGUUCCGGCAAGGAAUCUGAUGGCGGGAACGCGAGAUCGUACGGUGAGGACUCAACGGAGGAAGCGAUGAGAGUUACGCGCAGUAUCAUGAUAAUAAAGCCACCCGGCUACCAAAACAGUUCGCCUCCGGUCUCGCCGGCCGGCUCUACACCUCCGGUGUCUCCUUUGUCCGGAGGUGGUAGAGACUCCUUUCGAUUUCGUCGAAGGUCGACUUCGGAUGCUUAUGAAAAGGCGAGCGGUGAAGUCCGAACCAGAACCCCUCCUUCUGCUCCUUUUGAUGUGUGAUAUGUGAGAGAAUCCUUCCUCCUCCAAAUAUUAAAACUCGAAUCUUCUAAUGUAUUUAGGUAUGCUAUGUUCUUUGCCGGGGUAUGUGGGUGCAGUGUGCUUGUUAGGGUAGAUAUUGUACUGUGUAGCCAAGCUUGUAUAUGAAGCGAGUUUCGAGUUUGAUGUUUGGAGAGUUUUUGAGAGAACGCUAGUGUUCAAUCUCAUGUAUAAUAUGCAUAUUUUCUGCA